AAUGGACCAGAAGGCUCUAAGGAAACUGGUGGAAUCCAUCAGUAAAACUGUCAAGAGCUUCAAAAAAAGUGAAGUAGAGUGUCUCAUAAGACUUUUUCACAGCUUGGUGGAAAGAGAUGACGUAAGACUUCAUAAUAAUGUACUAGAUCGCAACACAUUUCGAGCAACCCUGCACAACUUAUUUGGAAUGACUGAUGAUAUGCUAAUGAAGAGGGUAUUUUUUGCAUUUGACAAAAACGAUAACUGCAUGAAUGUAAAAGAGUGGAUUAAAGGAUUAUCAGUGUUUCUUCGAGGGACUUUUGAAGAAAAGCUGAAGUUCUGUUUUAAAGUUUAUUAUUUGAACAGUGAUGGUUACAUUUCUCGAGAGGAAAUAUUUGACAUGUUGAAGAACAGUCUACACCAACAGUCAUCUGAAAAAGAAACUGAUGGAGGAAUAGAAGAGUUGGUAGAGAAAAUGCUGAAGAAAAUGGAUUAUGACAACGAUGGCAAGAUAUCUUUUGCAGUCUUUGAAAAAGCAGUGAAAGAAGAAACUCUUUUGUUGGAGGUGUUUGGACAAUGUUUACCAGAAGCAAAGAUUUGUCUUGAUUUUGAAGCCCUGGCAUUCACACAUCCUGACUUUUAGUUUUUGAAUGUAAAUCACUUAGUAGUUGUAUUAAAAUAAAAACAGAUACUUGUUGUCUAUCUUUAUUGUAAAGUUUCUGUAUUUGCUUCAAUUAAUUCACAUCGUUAUUGCAGUGUGAGAAGUAAUGUUAUAAGAACAGUUUCUGUAAUAGUAAGCGUGGAUCAAAAUAACAUCUAUAAUAAGUAAUGACAAACUAAUAUUAUUUUAUUUAUAAGUUAGCUAACAAUCUUGGAUCUGUGGCAAAUACUGAUUCAGCCAUUCCCAAUUCU